ACACCAUCUACGAUGAGGACGAAGUGCUGUUGGCUUUGGCGGAGCAGCUCGGCACCUUCACCGCUUUGGUCGGGGGACCGGAGUUUGUCCACUGUCUCCUGCCCCCCCUGGAGAGCCUGGCCACCGUGGAGGAGACGGUGGUGAGGGACAAAGCGGUGGAGUCUCUGCGGGCGGUGUCCCACGAACACGCUCCGCCCGACCUAGAAGGUCACUUUGUCCCCUUGGUCAAGCGCCUGGCGGGGGGCGACUGGUUCACCUCCCGCACCUCCGCUUGUGGCCUCUUCAGCGUCUGCGACACACGCGCCUCCAGCCCCGUCAAGGCCGAGCUGCGACAAUACUUCCGCAACCUCUGCUCGGACGACACCCCCAUGGUCCGUCGCGCCGCCGCUUCCAAACUGGGAGAAUUCGCCAAAGUUUUGGAGCUGGAGCAUGUCAAGAGCGAGAUCAUCCCCAUGUUCUCCAACCUCGCCUCCGACGAGCAGGAUUCGGUGCGGCUGUUGGCGGUGGAAGCUUGCGUGAGCAUCGCCCAGUUGCUGCCCCAGGAGGAACUGGAAGGACUGGUGAUGCCCACCUUGCGACAAGCGGCCGAGGACAAGUCCUGGCGCGUCCGGUACAUGGUGGCCGAUAAGUUCACCGAGCUCCAACGAGCCGUUGGCCCCGAGAUCACCAAGACGGACCUGGUGGGGGCCUUCCAGAGCCUGAUGAAGGACUGCGAGGCCGAAGUGCGGGCGGCCGCCUCCCACAAGGUCAAAGAGUUCUGCGAGAACCUGUCCCCCGACUGCCGGGAGGCCGUCAUCAUGGGCCAGAUCCUGCCCUGCAUCAAGGAACUGGUGUCAGAUGCCAACCAGCACGUCAAGUCGGCGCUGGCUUCCGUCAUCAUGGGACUGUCCCCCAUCCUGGGGAAGGACAACACGGUGGAGCAUCUUCUGCCCCUCUUCCUCGCCCAGCUCAAGGAUGAG